ACCAUUUCACCAUUACAAGUUUAAGUGCUCUCUCUACGUACCAAAUAAGUAAUCAGUCUAAAGAUGGAAGGCAAAAAUGUGAUUUUAAGUGUGCUCAUAAUGAGUCUUGUCAUGGCGCAGAAUCAAGUCGAAGGAAAGAGUUGUUGCCCGGGCACCACUGCCAGAAACGCAUAUAAUAUAUGCCGUCUUACUGGAUCCUCUAGGAAAACUUGUGCAAAAAUCAGUGGAUGCAAAAUCGUUUCUGGGACAACAUGUCCCCAGGGAUAUCUACAUGAAAUUAUCGAAAACUCUGGUGAUGCUGUCAAUGAAUACUGCAAGUUGGGGUGUGCAUCCUCUGUGUGUGGUGGCUUAACCACUCUCCAGGACUCCGAUGCAAGUGAAAUUGUGAAUGGAGCGGUUGCACAAUGCACCGACACAUGUGCUUAUUUCUGCACCAAGGGCUCAGCUAAAGCAGUUGAAACGGCCUAACAAGCAUAUCGUGAAAGCAGUUGAAACGGCCUAACAAGCAUAUCCACGAUCUAUGUGUUGUUGUUCUCCAUGUUUUUAAUAAUUGUCGUGUAUGUGAUAAAAUGCUAGACUCUUAUACAAUUUCCUGGUAGUCUAUCUGACGUAGAAGGUCUUCAUCGAUCCCUAGAUUGUCUAUCCCUUCUACUUGCUAUAUCUAAAUAAAGAAUAAUGUUUCCUU